GCCCUGGUGAUUUGUAAUUCUGUAAGUCUGAGGAAUAUUUCGUUGUUCUGCACACUAGACAUUUAAUUCCUUGAUUAUUUUAUAUGAGCGUAUGUGUGUUAAUUGCUUACUCUAUUGAUUAUGUGUCUGUAGUUUAUUUUUGUCUGACUAUGAGUAUUGUAAAAUACUUAAUCAAAUCGAGUUGUGUCACUCACCUACUCCUCUCCACUUCACUUUCCCACUUCUUAUUCUGAAUGUCUGUCUGGACUAACAAGUACUUGAAAUAAACUCCUCUAAUGUAACCCACCGCCAUCACAUGAACAGGGUUAGCCUAGGUAACCCUCAUAGUUAAAUGUCAGAUUUAUGUUCAUCAACGGGGCACAUUAGAUAUACAUUAAGUUUCUAUUUUACUAGUGAUAUGUCCUACUUCUUAUGUGAUGUCUUGUAGAGAUAUUAGUUGCUCUCUCAAAUGAAACCCUGUCACAUUAAUAAAAGUAGUAAAAGAUUUUCCGUUGGAACUCAUUACAUUCAGUUUAUUAACUUUAGAAAUAUGGCGAUAAUCACAAAUAGUGUUGAGUGAAUCAGUGUGCAGUUACUGAGUAAUCUUUUUGAAGCUAAACUAUGAUUUAUGAACAAACCGAUCACAUUUAGGAUAAUUGGUCUUGAAUUUUAGAGUGAAAUUCAUUCAUCUAUUUGGUCAAUGAACGUUAGGGUUAGGUUAGGUGAUGUUAGUUCGAGAUGACCCCAUCCCACAUAAAUCUAAUUCUUAACCCUAACCAUCAACUAGAAAUCAUGAUCCUUAUUCCUCACACAUGUUUAUAACUCUCAUUUACCCCCAGUAAGUAGGUAAACAUUCUGAAGUCGUUGAUCAUCCUUUUUAACAUGGGAACUAUACUUUUAGGACAAAAAAAGUAGAUAUUCACAGUGUAUAAACAAUCCCAAUCUCUCUCGUUUGGGGCGAUAUUGGGGAAUUUCCUCAGGACUGAGGAAAUUUCGGGGUUUUGGUGCUAUUUCUCCAAAGUUUACUAUAGCGGCUUCCCCCAGAAUUGGGAGUUCGGGAUACGUUGCUUCGGUGGAAUUAUAUGCAUCAUUCUCAAUCAUUUCAAAUAUUGACGUGUUAUUCUUUAAAUUACUGAAUUCACACAUCCAUCAGUUUGUCCAAUGGGUCUGAUGUAAUUUGUAGAAGAUUUUUAUUAACACAUUGUUGAUAUAUAGAGGGCUACAAUAUCAAGGCAUCCAUAGGAGAGACUCAUUCAAUCCAAUUCUGAAUAGAAGCAAUACAGAUCAUUCUAAAACGCUUAGCAGCGGUGAUCGAUAACAGAUCCGUUCUGUUUUACAGUUCUUCUCUCUAUUCAAAUCAAUUUAAUGUUGUGAUAUGUAUCAUUUUGUUUAUCUUUUCUUCUUUUCGAGGUGUUUACAAUGAUAUCAACCAAAGAAAUCAAUAAACAUGAUGCUCAACGAGAGUGUAACCAACAAUUUGAGAUUAAUACAAAUAAUAAUUCAAUGUUGAAUGGUUUCAUGCAUAGUAAACAAUACAAUAUGAUGAAACAUAAACCAAAUGAAAAUGCAUUACAUCAAAUUGAAACUAUUCCAUCAUUGAUAGAUGAUAUCACUAAUAGAUUAGAACAAUUCGAACUCAUUCCAUCUUAUUUUUGUCUUGAUUAUGAAGAUGAAAUUUAUUAUAGUGAAAUUGAUUACAAACUAGAUAGUUGA